AUGGACGAACAGGUCGAACGCCUGGUCAAGAAGACCUGGGCCAAAUUCCUCUCCACCCCACCUGACGCCCGCCUCAUGAUCGCCAUUAGCGGAAUCCCAGGCUCCGGCAAAACCGAACUCGCCCGCAUGGUCGCCAACCGAAUCAAUGUCCUCUAUAGCGCCGAGAACCCCAACGCCGUUCCCAUUGCCACCUCUCUCCCAAUGGACGGCUACCACCUAACGCGCGCCCAGCUCGCCGCAAUGCCAGACCCCGUCUACGCCGCCGCUCGCCGUGGUGCAGCCUUCACAUUCGACGGCGACAAGUUCCUAGCUCUUGUGCAGUCUUUAAGAGAACCUCUCACAACAAAAGUGGACAGUAUCUACGCGCCUAGCUUUGACCAUGCGGUAAAGGAUCCCGUGAUGACGACAUCCCCAUCCCGGCGACGAGGGAAUUAUCUGAGUCUCGACAAGGAACCAUGGAGUCAGGCGGCGAAGUUGAUGGAUGAGCUGUGGUUUGUGGAUGUGGAUUUUGAGGUCGCGAGAAAAAGGUUAAUUAAGAGGCAUGUUAAGGCGGGGAUCGCGAGGGAUGAGGAGGAGGCGGAUAGGAGGGCGAGGGAGAAUGAUCUGGUAAAUGGGAGAGAGAUUGUGGAUAACAGAUUGGAGGCGCAGGAGGUUAUUUCCAGUAUAUAUGAUCCUGCUUGGGAGAAGUUGUAG